CGACCCGAUACUGGCUCAUUUUGUCCUUUCCCUCCUUAAAAGGGCUCCAAGUUGUUUAAUGGCGAAAGUGUCGGAGAGGAGAGAGAAAGAGAAGGCAGGAGAAGGGAGCUGAGAAAGUUGGAGAAGAAACAGAAGAUAAGUUUCGGCGAACAAUGUCGACGAGGACGGUCCAGGUGGGAAACGUUUCGGAUCUUGCGGGAGAGAGGGAGAUCCGGGAGUUCUUCUCUUUUUCCGGUGAUAUCGAGAGCGUCGAGAUCCGGAGCGGUGCUGGAGUUCCUCGGAUUGCAUUCGUUACGUUCAAGGAAUCGAAAGCAGCCGAGAUAGCAGUUCUUUUGUCGGGUGCUACAAUAGUAGACCAGAUGGUGACAAUAAAACCUGUAAUUUACUAUGUUCCCAAGAUCCAGGAACAAGUCAUAGUCAUAGAAGACGCUGUAACUUCACUUGAAAAUCCCAGACCAACUGAGACUGCAGGUAUCCAUGGUAAUAGAAAGGUGUAUGUCGACAAGGCUCAUGAUGUGGUAGCAGGUAUAUUGGCAAGGGGCUCUGCAUUAAGACAAGAUGCUGUAAAUAAAGCUAAAGCCUUUGACGAGAAACACCAGUUGUCAGCCAAUGCAUCUGCCCGAGUGAUCUCUUUUGAUAGAAGAGUUGGUCUAUCAGAGAAAUUCACACUCGGAAUAACUACAGUUAAUGAAAAAGUGAAAUCUGUGGAUCAAAGACUGCACGUAUCUGAUAAAACUAUGGCUGUCAUAACAGUAGCAGAACAGAAGUUGAGUGACACUGGAACUGCUGUCAAAACCAAUAGGUACGUGAUGGCUGGAACAAAUUGGUUAAAUGGUGCAUUUGGUAAGGUGGCAAGGGUUGGUCAUGUUGCCAGUUCCAAAACUCGAGAGAAAUUUCAAUUCGCAGUGUCAAAUUUGACCGCAAAGGAAUCAGUUGUUGCCGUGUGACCGGAACACUUAGGGUUAGUGGAAACUUCAAUUUAUUAGUUUGCUGAAAGAAGCGGAGUAUCAGUCCUGCUCCGAAUAUCUUGAAGAUCAAAAUUGCAGGCAUUUAUUUUUCCUUCUCGGUUUGUGUAUUCUUUUAACCAUGUUUGCUGCUCCUGUUGUGAGCAUUUUUUUAGUUGGUUGUAUUUUUGUUGCUGCAUUAUAACAUGAUUUUUAGGAAAUUAUUUAAAUUUUCAUCUUC